GUAAUGCAGUUGCAAGCGGAAGAGGAUGAGGGGGAGGGAAGAGACAGCGGGGGAGGGAGAAAUAGAGAGAGACCGAGAGAGAGAGAGGGGUGGGGGGUGAGUGCACUUCAUCCAGUCGUACGAGCACACAAGGCUGUCAAGCUCACAUCGACUGCAGCCCAUCCCUCUGCGAUCGUGGUCCUGCUCCGUUUUCAUCGUGCUGGAACAUGGACACGCUCUAAAGCGCACCACCCAAGCCAGUCCACUUGUCCAAUACCCGAAAUUCGUCCUGCCGUCGGCUCAAGUGAGGGUAGUAAUGAUGGAGUAUUGGAGGCAGUGCGCGCUGUGGUUGAUCAACUGCAAGGUGCUUCCAGCAAACCAUCGGGUGACGUGGGAGACUGCGCAGGUAUUCGAUUUGGCGCAAACCCUCCGGGAUGGAGUGCUCCUUUGCCACCUCCUCAACAACCUCAGGCCUCAGUCGAUCAAUCUCAAGGAGAUCAACCUGCGACCUCAAAUGUCACAGUUCCUCUGCCUGAAGAACAUCAGGACUUUUCUGGCAGCCUGCAAUGACUUAUUUGGCAUGAAGAAAAGUGAGCUGUUUGAGGCCUUUGACCUUUUCGACGUCAGGGAUUUUGGAAAGGUUAUGGACACACUUUCGAAGCUUUCUCACACAACGAUUGCACAACAAACUGUAAGCAGGUCUUUUCCAACCGAAGAAAGUCUUGAAGAUGAGGAUAUCUAUAACCACCUUGAGGACCUAAUAGAUGAAAACCGGGUGGAAGAUGAGGAGGAUCUGUAUGACUGCGUGUAUGAUGAUGAAGAGGGCGGUGAAAUCUAUGAGGAUCUGAUGAAAACGGAAGCUCUCGCCCCCCCGGUGUUCCAGAAACAGGCAGAGAUUGACAUCAGAAGUUGCUGUUUAACAGAAAUCAAGCAGACAGAAGAGAAAUUUUCUGACACCCUGGACUCAAUAGAAAAGAACUUUAUGACACCUCUCACUGUGUUUUUAUCCACGGCUGAGAUGGAAAAAGUGUUUGUGAAUAUACCGGACCUGGUGAAAGUUCACAAAAGUUUACUGCAGGAAAUUCAAGACUCAGUCCAACACAGAAGUGCCCAAAAUCUACACCAGAUCUUUAUUGCAUUCAAAGAAAGAUUGCUAAUCUAUGGGAAAUACUGCAGCGAUGUGGAGACAGCCAUUGCCACGCUAGACAGUAUAUGUAAAGACAGAGAGGACGUCCGCAUGAAGCUUGAGGAGUGUUCUAAAAGAGCAAAUUAUGGCAAAUUCACUCUGAGGGAUCUGCUGGUGGUUCCCAUGCAGCGGGUCUUGAAGUACCACCUUCUUUUGCAGGAGCUGGUGAAACACACUCACGAUGCCACGGACAAGAGCAAUUUGCGGAAAGCAUUAGAUGCCAUGAAGGACUUGGCCCAGUAUGUCAAUGAGGUCAAGAGAGACAAUGAAACACUGAGAGAAAUAGACCAGUAUCAGAAAUCCAUUGAAAAUCUUAAUCAGCCUCUGAGUAACUACGGAAGACCCAAAGGUGACGGGGAGGUGCGGGUGGCCUCAGUGGACAAACGAGCCAAACAGGACAGGCAUAUUUUCCUGUUCGAUGCUGCCGUCAUCAUUUGUAAGCGAAGGGGAGACAACUACGAAAUGAAAGACGUGAUAGACCUGCACCUCUUUAAGAUCACAAACAACCCCACGUCAGACAAGGAAAACCGAAAGUGGUCCUACGGAUUCUACCUCACUCAUAAUCAGGGCCAGAACGGCUUUGAGUUCUUCUUCAAGACCAAAGAGCUGAAGAAGAAGUGGCUGGAGCAGUUUGGCAUGGCCAUAUCCAACAUCCAUCCAGAGAAUGCAACCGACAAUUUCCACGAGUUCCAUAUGCACACUUUUGAAAGAAUUACCUCCUGCAAUUCGUGCCACAUGCUACUGAGGGGCAUAUUUAACCAGGGUUACCAAUGUUCCAAGUGCGGUCUCGGCGCUCAUAAAGAAUGCCUGGGCCGGCUGGGCUGCUGCGGAAAAACAGAUCCCGGCUGCGUCAGAACUCAGAUGAAAGACCGAGACCCAGGGCUGCCCAAGAUGAUGGUGAUCAGGAACUAUUUCGGCACGCCGAGCCCGACUUUGGGGCCGGCGCUCAUCAUCCAGACGGGUGACAUUAUCGAGUUAAUCUGCGCUGACCUUCACAGCUCCUGGUGGCAGGGCAAAAUCGUGUCAACAAAAGAAGUUGGCUUCUUUCCCAGUGACGCUGUGAAGCCGUGCCCGUGUGUCCCGAAGCCCAUUGAUUACUCCUCCCAACCAUGGUUUGCCGGACCGAUGGAGAGAUUGCAGGCGGAGGCGGAGCUCAUCAACCGGGUCAACAGCACCUACUUGGUCCGCCAUCGCAGCAGAGAGUACACAGAGUACGCCAUCAGCAUUAAGUACAACAACGACGUGAAGCACAUAAAAAUCCUGACAAAAGAAGGCUGCUUCCACAUUGCCGAGAACAAGAAGUUCAGGAGUCUGUUUGAGCUGAUUGAGUACUACAAACAUCACUCGCUCAGGGAGGGUUUUCGGAGUCUGGAUACCACCUUGCAGUAUCCAUACCGGGAAGUGGAGAAUUCUGCUAUGCAUCACCUCAACCGCUCCGGUGGCAACACCCCAUUGCUCUGCGGCUUCUCUUUUGUAACCCCUGCCGGCUACAGCUUUGUACCUCCUUCCUCUGCCCCCUUCUGGUCAGUGUUCACUCCGAAAGUGAUUGGCGUGGCCAUUGCACGGUACGAUUUCAGUUCCCGUGACACGCGCGAGCUCUCGCUGCAGGAGGGCGACCUGGUGAAGAUUUACACCAAGUCUGGAGCCAACGGGUGGUGGAGAGGCGAGGUCAAAGGGAGGAUUGGCUGGUUUCCAUCCACAUAUGUAGAGGAAGGCGAGGAGUGAGCGGCACAUUGACAAAAGAAGAAGGACGCGAGUCAAAUUAAUGAGCUCAGAGCCAGCGGAGCCUUGUUGCUUUUCCCCAUCCAGAGGCCUUUGGGAGCAAACAAAAAGAGCUGAUGAACACCCGUGACCCAAAGAUGGCCGCAACCUUUCUGCUUGGCUCGGUGCGGCUGAGCAACUUCAGCAUCUACAAGCAGCAACUUGCCCGUCAGCGGGGCACGCGGGCUCGCCAGAUGCCUGGCCAUACAUAAUACCCAGCCUCUUUCUGCCCCCAACCGGCCACAGCCUCCCCUGCGCAAAUCCCACCUGCUUUUCUUGCCAACUUGGCUGGUGCAGACAUGUCAAAAAGCAGGAACUCAGAUGCCACUCUUCCUUCCACUCAUGCACUCAUCCGUCCCUUCACAACGCUCGCACUCCUUCUGCCUCUCAAGGGAAUGGAGCCAACCAAGCAAGCUGGAAAGGAGGUGUGGGUCCUUUCCAAAAAAAAAAGAAAAAAAAAGAAAAAAAAUUCCCCUUCCCACUUUGAUGAAAUUUCAGUGGCUUUGACCUUGCGUGCGUUUGUUCCAGUAACGAAGGUGGUUAUUGAUGACUCUGUGGCCCACCCUGGCGCAGCAUCCAGCACUCAAAAUCCCCCUCUUUGAUUGCGAUCGCCGCGCUUCCACUCAUGCAGGAGAUAGAAGAUAAAGACAGCGUCGACGGGCAGCGCCCGCAAUUGAUGGCUCGUGUUCCUAUUUUCCUGCGGCUGCUCACGUUUUUUUUUUUUAUCUCCGACGCAGACUCUCAUGUUUUAGCUCGUGUCGGCCGUUCGUGAUCCUUUUGCUUAUCACUGGCAGAAGCCCAUGCGCGGGAGGCUUUAUCUCGUUGGAGGUAUUACGGGCCCGUCGGGGAGAACACACCGCACAGUCUGCCAGCCACCUGACCCGGGAGGAAAUCAGCCCUUUGACUUAGGUUAGGGCCAUUUUUUUUUCAUUCAGGGGCUCGAUCCUUCCACAAUGCUAUUGAAACACAUUUACGAUCUAACAAGUCCUCAAGGCCAUCUCCACACUUGACCUCCACAUGACCAUAUACCGCGUGUAAUCCAAUACUUAUCAAUGCCAGGGUACCCGAGUGGAGGGCAAAACCGGAUUCCCACUGCACACCAAUCUCAGACAAUGUAAACUUACUCCACGCAAUACUCAAUGGUACUUUUUCAGUCGGACGUAUAGAACUUAAUGGGAAUUAACUGGAAUGUUCAGUCUAUGGAUUUCAUACAAUGCUGUGUACAGUAUUUAAAACAAUAUCACAUUUUUUCCCCUGAAUUUGGUUCUUUACAUGUUGUUAUCGAGCAACGUUUUUUUUUUUAAAUUUCUCCUCCCAAAAACACCAGCAUUCACACACGAAGAUUACACACACGCAUUUUGUGACAUUUUAAAACCUCACCCCUCCUUUCCCCUUUUUCCAAUGAGGAUGCUAUUUGUUAGAAUUCAUGGGACGGAAAAAACACGUGAAGUACAUAAGAUAUCGAAGAUUAUUCCACGCACGCAUCCCCACACAGUCCAGAGGUGACAUUGAAGCAGAGCCACUUGUUAGUCAGGAGACUGAGAUUUUAUUUGAUGAACAGAUGGACCGCGCCUCUGGAAACACACCUCGGGGCCUCGUGACCUCAUGGUGUGUGAGGCCCCGGGCGUUUGUGACACUCACGCAUUUUGUAAAAUGAAAAUUUAUUUGUAAAAAUAUGCUGUUCCCCUAUUAUUAGAAAUGUUAUAUUUGGAAAUGAGUAACACAGGCAAAGCUGCUGCACACUUAUGUGUGUGUGUGUUUGUGUGUGUGUUUCUUUUCUGUACGUCUUUUGGUCAAAUACUGGUUCUUAGAUUUGACACAUAUGUAGGUCCACAAGUGACCACCAGAGGGAGUCUCCUUCAUUUGCGGUUGGUCACCUUCAGCUUGGCAAAGGUUUGAGAUGACAUCAUCUGAACAAUAGUUAAAGGUGACAUUAAACCGAGUGAGCAGGAACAAACUAAGCGUGCUCUCUCUCUCGCUUUUAAAAAAAAAUUCUCUAAGGUCCACAAAUUUCACCAUAGAUUUCCAGAAUUAUCAUGUUUGAUAGGAAGUCCUUAAAUGCUCUUUCCGCAUUUGCCGAGCUUCCCUUAACCAAUUCCACAAAGCAAACAUUCUUAUUCGGUCUAGUGGACCAUGAAGAAACCAACCCUCUCGGGAGACCGAGAGUGGGCUUCUCUAAUGGCGGACUGUGGUAAUCCACUCCCACUCUGCUUCUCUGCCCAAACGAACUCUGACGGCGCAGUCAUUUACAAGUGCGGCCUAUCCUUCCGCCUAGUGUGCUUCCAGAUUUUUUUUGUUCCUCAAAUUUCUUUGCCCAGGAGGAAGGCUCAAGGGUAUCUGCAAUCUAAUCAUGACACCAUCUCUACACAUGCCGCAUCCGUCUCACUGUCGGUUCCUCUCUGGCUGGUCCUAAGUCACAGCAGUCCCUCACACUCCUCCUUCCCCCAUCCAUCUAUAAUCCAAGCUCGGUCCUCCAGUUUUCAUUGUGGAUUUUGUCCCUCAAGUGAAGCUCGAGGGCUGUGUGGUGUGAUGC